AUGUCUGUGGAAGAAGCAGUGACGGAUGCACUCCAGACGCCAAUGGACCAGAAUGCGCAAGCCGCUGAAGAGGCCAAGAAGAUGCUAGCUGAGUUAGAAGGUGACGCUGCUCCAAAAGACGAGCCCGAGCAAACAAAUGGCACUGCAGAGUCGAAACCAGCAGAGGAGGACGCCCCAAAAGAGACCGAGAAUGCUUCUGCGAAAGAGACUGCGACCGAGGAGAAGGAAGGUACAGAGAACAAACGUGAUCGUCGGGACCGGGGUCGAUCAGAUAACAAUCAUCGUGGUCGGGGUCGGAACCAAGGUCAAGGUCGUCACAACAACCACAACUCCCGGUCUUACCGUGACAAUAUCAAGUCCGAUCUCACGACGCUAGAGGAGACUGAUGACCCAGUCGCCAUUCGGAAACAGGUAGAGUUUUACUUCUCGGACUCAAACCUCCCGAAAGACAAGUUCCUCUUCGCGCAGACUGGCGGUGUUGAGAACAAACCUGUCGACCUGCGAGAAAUUCACAAGUUCAAGCGCAUGCGCCGCUUUCAGCCUUUCGAAGCUAUUGUCGAAGCGCUUCGGGAAUCCAAGACACUCGAACUCACCGACGAUGACACCCACGUGCGCCGAAAGGACCCGCUCCCAGAAAACUUUUUCGACGCUGUUGCGCAAGCAGCUGACCCCCGUACGGUGUAUGUAAAGGGCUUCGGCGAGGAGACUGCGAGCACUCAAUUCGAUAUCGAGGCAUUCUUUGAUCCAUAUGGCCCCACCCGGGCCGUCCGGCUCAGGCGAAACGACGAGAAGUUCUUCAAGGGCAGUGUCUUUGUGGAGUUCGAGACAGAAGAGUUGGCGCAAUCGUUCCUGGCCCUGGAUCCCAAACCGAAGUACCAGGGUAAGGAUCUCCUCAUCAUGAGCAAGACAGAGUAUACUAGCAAGAAGACCGCGGAUCUCAAUGCGGGCAGAAUCACGUCAAACAACAAAUAUGAUAAGGGCGGCAGACGAGAUCGUAACAACCACCGCGGUGGGCGAGACGGCGGCAAGCGCAAGAGGGACGAAGAUAAUCGAGAUUGGAGAACGCGUCGGGACGAAGAUCAGAAACGCGGUUUCAGGGAUGACAAGCGACGAGGUGACCGAGGUGGUCGCGAAUCCCGAGGUGACAGAAACAAAGGGCCUGAAACAGACGAAAAUGGCAUUCCGACAAUCAAGACAACCCCCUUGAAGAACGAUAGUGGUCGUGAAGAAGCCCUGGCCAAGGCGAAAGCGGCAGUUGAAGCCGAAAACAAGAAAGAACAGGCGGCUGUGGACGAAGUUGAGUCGACCGAGCAAAGUGGCCAUGCUGAUGCCGCUUCAAAGACCGUCAACACUGUCGCAGAAAGCAUCCAGGCUGAUGCAGAAGCGACUGCUGGGAAGAAGCGAGCACGAGAAGAAGAUGACGCGGAAGCCGAGCGAGAGGCUAAGAAAGUGGAUGUCAAAUCCGAGGGCGUUGCGGCUGAGGGCGACUCAUAG